CCUCACAGUCACAAUGUGGAACUACCCGAUUAUCAUCGUUUGUUUAGGAAUCACUACCCUCGGUAGUGCGUUCGAUUCGGCCAACAAUUUCACGUUGAAUCUAUUCAAGCAGGUGUUUACGAAAGAGUCACAAAAUUUCGUUCUAUUUCCAGCGGCGAUUCGAGCAUCCUUUGCUUUGUUAUACCCGGUGGCCAACGAACGUGUAGCGCAGGAUAUGCAGCAAGUGUUACAAUUCAAUGACAAUGAAGUUGAUCCGUUGCUGGAUUUACAGACAAGUUUCCUGAAGAGUUCACAAAUUUUCCGUGAUCCCGAGGAGUUUAGUUUGCAGUUUUCUUCGCUACUUAAUGAUUACUACAACCAAGAUCGGAAAUCAUAUGUUUCGAUAGCAGCGAAAUCAGACUCGCAUCCAGCUUACAGUCUAUCGAUGGCGAGUGAAUUUAGCUUUCGGGAAACACCAUGGAGGAUUGAAUUUAAUUCUGAUGACAUCGAGCGUAGAACUUUCCACUUCCUGAACGGAGAUUUCGAAACGGAUGUUAUGAGAAGCACGAUUCGCUGUGGAUUCAUGAAACUGGAUCAAAUUGCUGCCCUCGAGCUCCAGUACAGCUGGCAGUCGGAACUAUCUCUGCUUUUGAUUAUGCCGAUUGAGAGGAAGAUCUCGCUUUCCAAUGUUGUGCAUGAACUGAACUUAGAUUAUUACCGAUACAUUGUGGAAAAUUUGCAACAGCGUCUCAUUAAAUUUGCCAUUCCAAAGUUUUCCGCAGUAACUGAAGUGUCCCUCGGUGGCGCAUUGGCUGAAAUGGGACUGGCAUCGGCUUUUUUGGCCAACGCUUACAACAUCUACAGAUACAGGGGAAGCGGAAUUGGACCACUCUAUCAGAAGGGGGCUUUUUCAGUAUGUGAAGAUGGCACAAGUGAUGGUGAAAAAUCUGGGGACCUCUUUUUGCCCUCCUUCAUCGCUGAACGACCAUUCAUGUACAUGGUGUUGAAUCGAACCACUAAGGAUAUCUCCAUUAUAGGACACUACUCCUACUAUUAGCACAAAGCGAACGAAAGUGCGAAAUCAUAACGAGCAGUCCAUUGAUUAAAGUCCAUUAAAUAAUCUCGCAAUGAAUUGCUAUCCAUCA